AUGGCACAACAAGGUGAAAAUAACGCGCAAACAUCGUCACCCCCGAACGUUCGACAGGCAGUGCAACCGCAAAGCAUUUUGCCUAGAUCAUCAAUCGAGGUGCAUCAGCCUGAUUUCCACGUGGACGCAGCUAUGGUACCACGCAUAAGCCCACCCAAUAUAAACGAAACAAACAUCGAGUCGUAUUUUUUGUCAUUGGAGUUCUGGUUCGCAGCUACCGGUGUGACACACGACACAAGGAAAUACAACCUGGUCAUGGCACAAGUUCCUCCAAGCAAGCUAAUGGAGUUAAGGGCAGUCAUCGAUUCAGCACCUUCGCUUAACCGCUACGAGUACAUUAAAUCCAAACUAAUAGCACAUUUUGCAGACAGCCAACAACGUCGCGUGCAACGUGUUCUUUCGGAUAUGCCCCUGGGUGACUUAAAGCCAAGCCAACUUUUCAACGACAUGAGACGAGUGGCUGGCACCGCGCUCUGUGAAACAGUACUUAUCGAUCUGUGGGCCUCACGUCUACCACCCCACGCUCAGGCUGCGGUAAUCGCAUCAAAAGGUGACGUUGCAGAUAAAAUCGCAAUUGCAGACGCCAUCGCCGAUUCUAUGAAUUUUCGACAAAUUAACGUAGUAGGUAAUCAACAACCAGCAAUAAGCGCCCCCAAGGAGGCCAGCGAUGAGCCAAUUACAUUACGAGAAAUCCGAAAUGAGAUCGCUCAGCUCACGAAGCAGAUGGAAGUUAUAAAAUCGCGACGACCAAGGAGCCGCAGCCAAAGCCGGCAGAGACACCAACGAUAUGUGCACCAGGAGUCUACGCACACGAACGAGUUAUGUUGGUAUCACCAUAAGUUCGGCGCCAACGCUCGAACAUGUAGGAAACCCUGCUCAUACAACAACCUGGAGAAAAGCAAAUGA